AUGUCUUCCGUGAUCUCUUCCUCUCCGUGCUUCCCGCAUUCCGCCCGCGAAGCCGCAUCUACAGCCAGUGCGAAAAGCGUGCUCCUCAAAUCUAGUCGGCCGUGGAUCGGUUUGCCGCGCUCCGCGUUCGUGCGCUUUUGGAGAGCUUUGAAAAACGCCGGGUUUUCGGAAACGGGACGGACGCGAGCUUGCGGUGAACGACAGGACAUUGACAGGAGGAACGAAAUCGUACGAAGACAUAUCACAAACUUUUAUAGUAUCAAAUUCACAUUUGGAUUCCUAUGA